AUGGCGCCGGAGAAGAAGGAAUCAGAAGGUAUCUCCCUUCUUUCUAUAUAUGGCGACGAAGACGACGAUAUCGAAGAAGAUGUUGAGAGAGACAAUGGCAGCAACACGAACGAUGAUUCAGAGACCCUUAAUAAUACCAAUAUCAUUAAGGGUGCUGUUGUUAAUUUGGAUUCUGGUAAUGAUAAUACAACACCGGACUCUAUUGGUAAUUUGACACAUCCGUCUCCUGCAGUUCAACAAGCAAUUAUUGAUAAAUUGCAAGAAAAGUUCAUUAAGUUUCUGUUAAUAAAGAAGAAAACGGGGAGAAGCUUUAAUUCUGAAUUGCGUAACAGGAAAGAUUUUCGUAACCCGGAUUUCUUGACACACGCUGUGACUUAUCAUAACAUCGAUGAGAUAGGAUCUUGCUUGAGUAAGGAUGUUUUUAACGUCCAUGGUUGUGACAAAAGUGACUUUUAUGAUGAAAUCGAUGCUGAUUUUGAUUUGAAGAGAGAAGCAAAGAGAAAAGACGAAGAGAAAAAGAAAAUCCAAAAGAUUGAUUUUCUUUUUCGGGGUGGUGGAUCAAACCCAGUCUCAGUUGCUGUUGAUAUGGCGACUUGCGAGGGUCGGCUGAAUAAGAAGUCGAAGUGGGAUAAUUGA